CUCCCCCCCCCCCCCCCAUUGCUGGGGAUUUUCCCGCCUCCCCCUCCUAACCCGGCUGAAGACUGACUAACAUGAGCUGGUGGGGGUCGGUGAACCGUUGCCCGAGGAGCUGCCGGUUGGUCAGGGGGAUUCCCCUCUCCAUCCGCCCCGGCCCCAGCCCCCGCUGCUGCCGCUGGAGUCCCCCUCCUCUCGCCGGCAGAGACCCCUCCUCCCCCUCGGCCUCUGGAAAAGUUCACCGCGCCCAGGCCCCCGGCUCCCUGGACCUGGCCACCCACUCGGAAGACCUCGGGGGCAAAAGUUCACAACAUCCCCUGCUGGGCUGGCACCAACCCGUCAUGGCCAAGGAGGUCACUCAUUACUUGUCACCCAAACCAGGGCAGAUAUUUUUAGAUAUGACAUUUGGAGCUGGAGGCCAUACAAAAAUGAUCCUUUCCCAAGCUUCUGACAUCUCGGUGUUUGCCUUAGACAGAGAUCCAAUAGCAUAUGGAAUUGCUAAACAGAUGUCCCAGGAAUAUCAUGGCCGGUUUCGACCUCUUCUUGGAAGAUUCAGCCAACUGGAGGCCUUACUAAUGGCAUCAGGAGUAGAAAGAGAUACCUUUGAUGGCAUCCUCAUAGAUGCAGGCUGCUCCUCUAUGCAGUUAGAUAUACCAUUGCGAGGUUUUGCAUUAAGCAAAGAUGGCCCUCUGGACAUGAGAAUGGAUGGAGACAGGUACACCGACAUGCCCACUGCAGCUGACGUGGUGAAUGCCUUAGAUCAACAGUCACUUGCGUCCAUCCUAAGGAUCUACGGAGAGGAAAGGCAUGCAAAGAAAAUAGCUGCAGCAAUCGCACAGGCACGCAGCAUCUAUCCCAUCACUUGCACUCAGCAGCUCGCCAGUAUAGUUGCAGGAGCAUUCCCAGCAGCAGCAAUGUAUGCACGCAAAGACCUGCUUCAGAGACCCGCGCAUGUGGCGACCAAAACAUUCCAGGCCUUGCGAAUCUUUGUGAAUGAUGAAUUGAACGAAUUGUACAGCGGACUUAAAACGGCUCACAAGUUCUUGAAACCUCAAGGCUGCUUGGUUGCAUUAACGUUUCAUUCACUCGAAGACCGCAUCGUAAAACGUUUCCUACAUGGCAUUAGCCUGUCCGAGAAGCCGAACCUAAGCGCAAGGCAAAAAAUUAGACAAGGACUUAGAAGACAGGAAGAGGAUGAAACAUGUCACGCUGAACAGAGGAACUUGAACUGGUCAAACAUUCGGAAGAAAGUGUUGACUCCUGACCUGCAGGAAGUUCAGGAAAAUCCACGAGGACGUUCUGCAAAACUCAGAGCUGCCAUAAAACUGUGAAAAUCAGUCUUGCAAGGGUUUCCUUAAUAUUCCCAAGCCUGACAGAAUUUUAUACGCAGGUGUUUUUGUGAGCUUCGAUGAAAAUGCUAAUGGAUAAGAAUGUUGUCCCAUUGUCACCGAUAUGAAAACAAUAAAAUAUUGGAUGUAGAAAUUUA